CCCCGCCCCUGCGCGCCCCCGCGCCAGCCAGCCCCAGCCCGGCUCCGGCGGCGGCAUGUACCUGGCCGGGGCGGCGGUGGCCGCGGCCGCGCUCCUGUGGCUGCAGCGGCGGCUCUGGCCGCACCUGUGGGCGGACGCGCGGUUCCUGCUGCGGGCGCUGCUGUGCCGCCGCCGGGUGCUGCGGGGCGCGGGGUCCAGCCUGGCCCAGCGCUUCGCCGGCCUGGCGCGGGCGGCCCCGCAGCGGCUCUUCCUGCGCUUCGAGGGGCAGCGCUUCAGCUACGGGCAGGCGGAGCGGGCGAGCCGGCGGGUGGCGAACGCGCUGCGCGCCUGGCGCGGCCCCGGGGGGCCCCUGCGGCCCGGCCAGACCGUGGCGCUGCUGGUGGGCAACGAGCCCGGCUUCGUGUGGGCCUGGCUGGGGCUGGCCCGGCUGGGGGCCGUGCCCGCCUUCCUGGGCACGGGCCUGCGCCGCGGGGCGCUGCUGCACUGUCUGCGGGGCUGCGAGGCGCGGGCGCUGCUGGUGGCGCGCGAUCUGUAUGAAGCUGUGGAGCCCUUGCUGCCCACCCUGCAGGAGCAGGGCAUCGUGGUGUGGACGUUGGGCCCGGGCCCCUGCCCGCCGGGGGUCACCAGCCUGCAGGAGCUGAUGGAGGAGGCAUCCGAAGAGCCGGUGCCCUCAGACUUAUCCACGCCCAGGGACAUGACAGACACCUGCCUCUACAUCUUCACCUCGGGCACCACAGGGCUGCCCAAGGCUGCCCGCAUCAGCCACCUCAAGUCCAUCAUGUGCCUGGGCUUCUACCGCCUGGUGGGGGCCUCCAGCAAGGACGUGAUCUACGUGGCGCUGCCCCUGUACCACAUGUCGGGCUCCCUGCUGGGCAUCGUCGGCUGCAUCGGGAUCGGUGCCACGUGUGUGCUGAAGAGGAAGUUCUCAGCCAGCCAGUUCUGGGGCGACUGCCAGCACUACGGGGUGACCGUGUUCCAGUACAUCGGGGAGCUGUGCCGCUACCUUGUCAACCAGCCCGAGAGAGAAGGGGAGCGGGAUCACAGCCUGCACCUGGCCGUGGGCAGUGGGCUGCGGCCCGACGUCUGGCGGGAAUUCCUGCAGCGCUUCGGCAACGUCCGCAUCGUGGAGACCUACGGCAUGACCGAGGGCAACAUCACCUUCUUCAACUACACCAACACCCUGGGGGCGGUCGGCCGCGGCAGCUUCCUCUACAAGCUCUUCUGCCCCUUCGAGCUGGUGCGCUACGACGUGCUGGAGGGGGUGCCGGUGCGGGACGCGGCCGGGUGGUGCCAGCGGGUCGGCCCAGGCGAGACGGGGCUGCUGAUCGCGCCGGUGACCCCCCAGAACCCCUUCCUGGGCUACGCGGGUGGCCGGGAGCUCUCGGAGCACAAGCUGCUGCGUGGGGUCUUCACCGAGGGAGACACCUACUUCAACACGGGCGACCUCAUGGCCCAGGACGCCGCCCAGUUUGUGUAUUUCCGGGACCGUACCGGGGACACCUACAGGUGGAAAGGUGAGAACGUCGCGACGACGGAGGUGGCCGAGGCCCUGGCUGCGCUGGACUCGCUGCAGGAAGUCAAUGUCUACGGGGUCGCCGUGCCAGGGUACGAGGGCCGGGCUGGGAUGGCCGCCAUUGUCCUACGGCCGGGCUGCAAACUGGAUGGGGCCUGUCUGUACAGCCACGCGGUGGAGUUCCUGCCCCCCUACGCCAGGCCCCGCUUCCUGAGAGUGCAGGACCAGCUGGCAAUGACACAGACCUUCAAGCAGCACAAGGUGCGUCUGGCCAGCGAGGGCUGCGACCCCACGCGCCUCCCGGACCCGCUGUACCUGCUGGAUGACGCCUCGGGGGCCUACGUGCCCCUGACCCCGCGGCUCUGGGAGGGCGUCGUCUCGGGGGCUGUCCGGAUAUAACCCCCCCGCCCCACCUGCCUCGGGUUCCCUCCGGCUGGGGGUCACCUGGGGAGACUACGAGUCCCAGCAUGCACAGCUCAGCACCAUUGCAUGCUGGGACUCGUAGUCUCCCUGCUUGGCCAGAGCUCUGGGGUGCUGCUUGCCUCCGGGGGGGGCGGGGGGGGGAAGGGGCUCAGGUGGCUGCAGGAUUUUUCCCACAUUGCAGCCCCUGGUCCUUCCAGCGCCCCCCACCCCCUGCGCCCCAUGUUUGUCACCCACCCACUUCCUGCCCCCCCUCCCCUGCGCACACCCCACUCCUCUGCCCCAGGGGGCUGGAAGCCGGGAGCUCGGCCCUCUCGUCCUGACUCACCCCCGGGCCUGUCUCCAGCAGAGCGACUCCCUGGGUGCCGACUGGGAGCUGUGUCCUCCAUCAUCCCCCCUCCCCGCACUCGGGGGCGGCUCCCCCCUCACGGGAUCUCCCUGCCCAGGGCAUUGGGUCGGGGGGCGCGCUGGGCGGGGACACCAGGGAGCUGGAUUCGGAUCCUGGCUCCACCAUGACUUGGGGGGGCCUCGGGCUGGUCCUUGAGCUCCCAGCCAGGGCUCGGGGAGAACGGCCCUGCCUCCCUCCCCCGCCCCGAGUCUGGCUGGGCUGUUCCGAGUGCGAGACGGGCCGGCACGGACCGACCCUGACUGCAGCCUGGACAGUUUGUGUCCGAGGAGUUGCCGGGCGUCCUUUGCCCGUG